CAAUGGCCAUGGCUCGCCCCGUGGCGCACCUCUUCUUCCUCCUCCUCCUCGUCUCCACCGCGCCCGCCGUGCGUACCACCCCCGACGACGCCGGCGCCACCGGCAACCUCCAGGAGGCGUGCAACAAGACGCUGUUCCCCAAGGUGUGCCUGCAGGCGCUCAAGGACAACCCGGAGUGCCAGUCGGCGACCCCUCGCCGGCUCGCCGAGCUCUCCGUGUACGUGACCGCCGAGGUGGGCAUGACGGUGGCGGCGUUCGCGCACCGCGAGCUCAACGGCGUCAAGGACAACGUCCUGUACAAGUGCCUCGACACCUGCUCCGAGGACAUCGAGGAGGCCGUCGCCCACCUCAGCGGGCUCACCCGCGAGCUCACCGACGCCAAGUUCCUCGAGGUCAAGUCAUGGCUCUCCUCCACGCUCGGCGGCACCUCCACCUGCGAGGACGCCUGCAAGGACGCGCCCGUCAGCGACAUCAAGAACGCCUGCAUCACCAAGAGCUUCGAGUUCGAGAAGCUGCUGCGCGUCACGCUCGACCUCAUCACCGAGGCCUCGGGGUCCAUGUCCGCCGAGGUCGCCCUGCCGCCCACCGACGCCGCCGCCGCGCCGGCGCCGUUCGGUGGCUACGGCUCGUCGGCCGGCGCCCCCGCCUAUGGUGCGCCCUCGCCUGACGCGCCAGCUUACGGCGGCGCCACCAGUGGACCAAGUGCGGGUGCCCCGGCGCCGUCGUCGGGGGCCGGUGCGUCCGACGCCUACGCCACGUCAUGAGCGACGAUCCCUAGGGAUUUCCUUCUUUUCAUAGUCCCACCGCAUUUUUCGAUGAGCAUGUCCAUCUGUUAAGAAUUUAGGAGUGUUUGGAGGUGGAGCCGCAUAACCAAUGCAGAGAUAAAGAGGCCUGCAUCGAAUGACAUGUACUUGGCCUGAUCUGAGUGCUUUCCUUUUCUUUUCUUUUUGAUAGGAUGAGCAGGGUGAUUUUAUCGUAAGAUUGAUUGUUAACUAUGUUACCUUGACA